AUGAAUGGAAGACCCUGUAAUAUUAACCACAGGGGCACAGGUACUCCUCAGGGGCCAGCCUUGAUCAACGGACAACAGAUUCCCCCCAUCAUAAUUCAGACAGAAACACCAUGCCCGUCUUCAAACAGCGCAACACCAAGUCCCGCUACUGGAAUGCUGGCAAACAAUAUGCAUACAAAACUGUUUCUGAAUGGCUGCCAGCAUCCUACAGUGACUCCCCAAAACAGCAGCAUGCCCGACAACGCCAUCCAUUUACCUGCUUUGAGUCCGAGAAGGCAAGUAGUAACAAAACAUACUUUUCAAGUACCCCAGCCACUCGGGCAUUCAACAGCCCUAUCCUCAAAACCAAAACACAUGGAUUUCGGUGGGAUUUUUUCGGACAGCAGCAUAAAAGGGAACCCUGGGUUUGGACCACAAUGCAAAGCAAUUGGGAAAGGCACCAGCAACAAUCUAGUGGUUACAAGCAGUCCCAUGACGCUCCAGAGAACAGGACUUCUAUCAAACCAGGCAAUUGUUCACAGCAACCACCUCAAUCGCACCAUAUGUCGUCAGAUGCACCCAAAUCUAAACAUUCCUGCUUCAGAUACAAGAUCCAUUACUUCAGGUGGAUCACUGGGCUCAACUGCACUAAGCCUUAUAGAAAGCCAGUCAACGUUGAAUGUGAAGCAAGAGUGGCCUCAUGGUUACCCAAUCCUUCCAUCCCUCCCAUCGAACCAAGGUUCUCAGAAUGGCAGUGAACUAGGGGAUGUGCUGAGUAUACCACCUGGAACUGCCAUGUCAAAUAACAGCACCUCAAACUCUUUGCCGUCCUACUUGUUUGGGAAUGAGAACAGCUCUCGUAAUUCUGCCCGAUCUAACUCUGCUCGAUCAAGAAAAAGAGGUCUUUCCACCUCACCUUUUUCAGACGGAGUUGGAAUCGACCUCAUUAUCCGCACAUCUCCAACAUCAUUAGUCGCAUACAUCAAUGGGUCUAGGGGGUCUCCGGCUGAUGUUUCCCCUCAGCCUGAAGUGUGUGGACAUUUCCUAGGAGUCAGAGGUAGUUGCAUCCCUCAGGCCUACAAUACAGCAGGUAAAGAGCGUAAUCUCUUUACACUCACUGACCUUGAAGCCAGUAAUGGAGUGUACCAGAGGAUGCAACAGCUGGAGCAAUCUUCUGUGCACCCCAUGGUGAUGAACAACAUGGUUGUUCAACAGGGUAUCUCAGUGAUUGGUAAUCAGCAGUAUGAUGUAUUUAAAAAUGAUCAACUGGAUGAAUUCUCUUCAGGCAUGGAAAUUCCUACACUGCCCCAGGGCCCUCCACCACCUUACCAUGCCCACCAGCAUCUCAUGACCCAUUCCCAUCCACAUGGGCAGCCAUCACCACAAGGGACACAGCUGGAUGAGGACGGUGAGCCAUCAAGAGUUAACGGAAAGCACUGUUGCCGCUGGAUAGACUGCAGUGCAAUGUAUGACGAACAGGAGGAGCUUGUGCGACAUAUUGAAAAGGCGCACAUAGAUCAGCGUAAAGGAGAGGACUUUACUUGCUUCUGGGCUGGUUGUCCACGCAGAUACAAGCCAUUUAAUGCUCGCUACAAACUGUUGAUCCACAUGAGGGUGCAUUCAGGAGAAAAGCCAAACAAGUGUACGUUUGAAGGCUGUAAUAAGGCUUUUUCAAGACUGGAAAAUCUCAAGAUUCACCUACGAAGUCACACAGGGGAAAAACCUUACCUUUGUCAGCAUCCAGGAUGCCAAAAAGCUUUUAGCAACUCAAGUGACCGUGCCAAGCACCAGAGAACACAUCUAGAUACAAAACCUUAUGCAUGUCAGAUCCCAGGCUGCACUAAACGGUACACUGACCCAAGCUCUCUCAGAAAGCAUGUGAAGGCACAUUCCACAAAAGAACAGCAGGCUAGAAAAAAGUUAAGAUCCAGCAAUGAGCCAGACCAGGAAAUGCUCAAUGACUGCCUCACUAUUCAACCAUUGCAGCCUGCUACAUCACCACAAGAUGCUGUGGACGGCACUAUGGGCCGUUCACCAGGGCCACCCCAUGACAUCUAUUCAGGAAUGUUUUCCAGCACGCAUUCAAGUCGAUGUGGAACAGCAACAGGCAUCAUUUCUUCCUCCCAUCCUCCAAACCAUCCAUCCCCUGUGCACAAUAUGCAAGGGAGCCCCCACAAUCCACAGACACAGCUACCCCAACUCCCUGUGGUAGAAGAGGGAAAUGAGAGAUUUGCAGCCUCAGUUCCUUCCCCUCAUCACAUCAGUCCCAGGAGAAUUGCAGCACCUCCACCCUUGAUGCACAGAAGGACACCACAGCCACCCCAGAUACAGCAGUUUUCAGGAUCCCACCUCAAACCCUACCCACCAAUCACAGCCUCUUCAGCACAACCCAGCAGCAUCCAUGUCCAAGGUUAUUAUGGCCAGCUACAGACUUUCUACCCUCCCCAGUAUAAUGAAACUUCCAGAAAUAUAUGCCAAGCUAGUCCUCGCAAUAUGGUGCCUUCAUUUGAAGACUGUCUACUUCCCACAACUGUCGGACAAGCUGGAUUUGAUGCCUUCCACAGAGCGUUGUCUGCUCAUCCCAGUUUUCCAGCUUAUGACUUUCAAGCAACUUCCCCUGGGGUUUUUGGUGACUCUGUACGGAAUUGUCCUGAGGACAGUGGUUUUCUCCAGAUUAAUGCAAUUGAUCGUUGCCCCAGCCAGCUGUCUUCCAUUUACACAGAAGGUUGA